GGAAUAAUUAAAAUUUGUGAAAUUUGAAUAUCAUAAACUGCCAAAUAUACUUGGUAGCGGUUUAUGGAUUGAAAGUCAAAAUUUGUUAAUUACGCAUAAAACUCCUGAAUUAAAAGCGAUUUUCUUUGUGGAAAUUCUUUGUUGGUAAACAAAGGAUUGUGAAUUCCAUAAUGUGGUCUCAUCUUCAACGGGGUAGUUCGCCCGUAGAUUGGUGCGAAUCUAAUUACUCUAUAUCUCCUAUGAUCGCCGAGUUCGUUAACACAGUCAGCAACAUCUUGUUUUUCCUGUUUCCUCCGGUUCUCAUUCAUUUGUUCCAAGAGUAUGCAAAGUUUGUUAAUCCAGCCAUAAAUUUAUUAUGGAUCAUGCUGAUGGUGGUGGGCCUGAGCUCGGCCUAUUUUCACGCGACCCUCAGUUUAGUUGGUCAACUACUGGAUGAGAUAGCCAUACUGUGGGUGUUUAUUGCUACAUUUGCUAUGUUUCUGCCAAGGAGAUAUUUUCCCAAAUUCUUAGGAGGUAAUAGAAAAAUGCUAGCAUUGUACGCGUGUGUUUUCUCAUUUGUAUCAACUGGCUUCCUGCUGAUGUAUCCAUUCGCCAACGCCUUUGCUCUGAUGGCGCUCGUCGUACCCAGUUUAAUGUUCAUGUACAAGGAGUUAUUAAGAGUAAAAUGCGCGCGCGUGUACCGCCUAGGGUUGCGCAGCAUGGCCGUCUGUUUCCUGGCCCUAUUCUGCUGGAUCAUCGACCGCCUCUUCUGCGACGCCUGGCUCUCCAUCGACUUCCCCUACAUGCACGGCGUUUGGCACAUCCUUAGCUUCAUCGCCACCUACACGGCGUUCGUAGUGUUCGCCUAUUUCAAUGUCUCUGAGGAGAACCCGGACCAAAAACCUGUGCUCAAGUAUUGGCCAAGCAACGACUUCGAAUUGGGUAUCCCGUAUAUUUCUGUCAAACGUCCGUGUAAGAAAGAUGAAGAUUUGGCAAUAUAAAACGCUACUUCUAUAUGUAUAUGUAGUACGUAUAAAGACACGUUCACAUUAGGCUUGAUCAGCCGUUCCUUAUGCCGUACUUUUGGUGUAUGUAUCCGUAGUGUAAACGCUCUAUUCUAAAUAUAUGCUAACUGACGGCUGACCGUAACCAAACUUGGAGCCUAAUGUGCACGUGCCCUAAAUGAGUCGCUAAAUCGAAUGUGAUAUGUGAGUGUGAAUUAGACUGUAAAUCGUGAUGUCUUUGUUUAGCUAAACGCUGUAAAUGUAAAACAAAUGCAGCUCGCUAAACGUAGCAUAAGAUAUUAUGUAAUUUGAUUAUUACCGUGAAAUUCAAUUUCAAUAAGUUUAGGUACCAAAGUAUGACAGUAGCCAUCAAAAACAUUCUUACACACCCGCUUUUUGUUAUAAUACUUAUUUUGGAUCAUAAUGUUCGGUCCGAUAUCAAAAUUCUAAUCGCUACUGAACAGUGCCCCUUCGAAUCAUGACUAGCGUACGUAGGACCGACAUUCGUUAGACAUUAUAAUUCAGAUUCCCAUAUAGUGUUUCUACGGGGAGCGCACUAUGUGCCGCAUAAGGAUGCCAAUAAUAUGUUAUAAAUAAUAAUUAAUACUGUGGCGUCACGUAUUCAAUAAUGUUCAACAGUAGUUUCAAUGUUAAGUAAAGUUGAUUUAAAAGAAUGUAAAUAAUCAAAACUACGGGAAUCGGCUUAAGAUAUAAUACCAUUGAUAUAAAAAGUUACUCUUUUAUAUAUCAUAUCAAUCGUCUCAUUAUAUACCCAAAUUUGUUUACAUUGUUUUAAAUACCUAAAAAACAGAUUAUAGAUAUUAUGACUAAAUAUAAAGUAAAGUUUUAAAGAAAGUAUAUUUUACGAUUAGCUGAUAAUAAAUGAGUGAGAAACAUGUUUUUUUUAAUUUUAAUAAUUAAUAUGCUGAAAUUAGCAAUGUAAAUCUUGUGUGCACAUAUAGAUAUCCACAUAUUUAUUACUUUUAUUAGAUCUAUUAUAGUGUAAUUAAUUAAUGCAUUUAUUUGGUAAAUUAUUAAUAGAAUAUUAAGGUAGCAGACAAAUUGGAAAGAGGUUUAUGUAUUUAGUCUAUUACUUUUUUUUAUCUAUUGUUAAAUCAAAACAUGUUGUAGAUAUAAAAUGUGGUAAAUAACUAGUAUAAAUCUGUGACGUUAUAAAAGUGUCAGUGCAGCGGGCUCAUAUUAAAGUUACAUAUAUGUAGCUGGUCAAACAAGUUUGUCAGUAGAAAAAGGCGCGAAAUUCAAAUUUUCUUUGGGAUAUCUCUUAUAGCGCCUACAUUUUUAAAAUUUGCCGCUCUUUUCUACUGGCGGAAAUAGCUUGACAGAGUAUAGUUUUAUGUUGUUAUGCGUGUAGCCUCUCCACGAUUUACUUAAUACCUAUAUUUUGGAGCUAGAUUUGUGUUGUAGGUACCCUAAGCUUCAGUUGGCACCUUAUUACUUCCUAGAACGUGUUUAGUCUACAGGCGAGAACCUUGAAUAAAUCAAUUCAAUUGGCUGGGUUGCCUUUUUGUAGGUACAUAGACGAUCCAAACAAUGUUGUCGCCGUUGUAGAUGCGAAAAGAAAAUAAUUAGGUACGCACGUCAUUCUAUAUAAAUUAAUGUCCUUUCAGAAGCAACUCGUUUAUUAAAACUAAAAUUAACUACAGUUAAGAUAACUAAAGCUAAAAAAUUUAAAAUACCUAUCAAAAUUUUGCGCCCUUGGUAGGGUGUCCAUCACGCAGGCAGCGUUCCCACGCUGGAUUGCUAUGACCAAUCUUUGCGCGAGAAAGCUGCCUUGCGAGGGUCACCUGUGGCCUCCCUUAGGCGUUUGCUGAGCGCUUUGUGUGUGGUGUCUCGACGCCAAAGGCUACAAAUUCGUAUAGUGUGCGCCGAGACAACUAUAUUUAUUCGCCUUAAAGCGUUCUCGGACGUCAGCCGCCGCCCCGGCCUGUUUGCUGGUGGCUGAAAUGUAGGACAUUUCAGAAACCGUUUUUACCUUUUAACAAUACUUUUGAACAAAGAGUUCAUGAUUGUAGUUAGUAGAUCUGGUAGAUGUAAUUGAUGUAAAGUCUAAGUAAAAUCGUGCCCUCGAGUUUGAAAGCUAAACCAGAUGUCGCUCUAUGGUGCCAUUUUUUGUGGUAACUGAAUUGUCGAACGUCAUCUUUUGACAACUAGAGCUACUGCAUAAUCUACGAAGCUGUACAGUGCCAAUGUAUCUACAUUAUCUGUCAAAUCCGAAACACGAUUUGUCUCACACGAUAUAUUUUACAAUCAAUGAAUUAUGAGCUUAUUAGCUUAUGAGUAUGCCUAAUAUUAGGGAUAGGUACCCGGUACAUUAGGUGUAAAUAAGUUAUGUGGCAUAGGUACAUAUAUAAAUGAUUAGCUCAAAAUUGACAAACAUUGAUCUAUAAAAUACGGGUUGUGCUCACCAUCAGCAUCAUUCAUAAAAAUCAUUUUGAGCUUGUUUUAUUCUAUCUGCCGACAUGAAAUGAUGAAACCUAUAUUUUAAUGUUGUUACCUUCUAAAUCUUCUAAACGUGCUCGCCAUUUAAGUAUAAGUAUGCAUCAUCAUUGAAAUUGUAUUAUUUUUAUAGUAUUAUAUUGUUAGUUAGAAUUCUCUAAUUAGGACGAACCAAAUGUAUAUUUACGCUGUGAUUUUGUUUGGUUUCUAUUUUAUUUGUUAACUUUUUGGCUCGAGUGGCAAUGUUUUACGAAUAGCUCAUAUAUAUAUUU